AUGGUGCCUUCGCUGUCCUCAACAAGAGGCAGUAGCGAUGAAUCUUCACCUGCAUUCGCAGCCCCACCUCCACCUCCUCCGAUAUCAGCACCCGCUGCGACACUCGGUCGACACAGCUCAUCUGAGCCUGCCUCGACCGCUCUCAAACCACCGCCGAUACACCCCGAUGACGAACCAGAGAUACAGUCCCUGUUGGAGAAGCACGCUGACCAUGAUGACGAGGACACCAACUCCGACGACGACGAGGCCGAUCAACUGGCCAUGACCGACGCGCACUCGAGUCUGCCUGGCUUCAAGGCGCUCUCGGGUCGUGAUUCGUCCGAGCGCAAGCAGGCGAUGACAAGUACAGACACAAUACCAGGUCGGCAUCGCAAGAGUACCAGCUCGAGCAUGGAUAGUUGGAAUUCGGAACGUCAAAAAGCGACGCUGAUGCGGGAAAUGUUGCUUCAGGUGAGCCAGCAUCAUCCAUGCUUCGGCCCAAGUUUUUCUUUCCUGACUCGGAUCCGAUUUACGAGGCAGACUUUCCCCGUUCUGUUGCUGUGCAUGGUCACGGCGCUCGUGGUCGGAGAACUGCUCGAGCACAUGCAACAGUGGAGGGUCUUUGUUCGCAUCGAGGAACUCUUCAUCCUCAUCCCCAUCCUCCUCAACCUGAAAGGCAAUCUCGGCAAGUUUGUUCUCUCGUCUGGCUGCAAGGUAAACUGCCUGCCGCUAAGCUCUUCUCAACCAUGCCCGACCCGCCCACAGAGAUGAACUUAGCUGCUCGUUUCUCGACCUCGGCCAACAUCGGAGAACUCGAUCUCCGGCCCACGCGCCGAGCCUUGGUCCUCGGCAACCUCGCACUCAUCCAAGUCCAAGCACUCAUCGUAUCCCUCAUAUCUGGUCUGCUCGCCUUUAUCCUCGGCGUCAUGUCACGUAGUGGGGUCCAACACCAUCUCCAACAUCCGGUCCAUAAGCUUGGUCAAGCUGAGCAUCUGAGAGGGGGCUAUUUCGAGGCCUUGUUGGUGUUGUGCGUGAGCAUGCUUGCCGCGGGGCUGAGCUCGGCUAUUCUAGGCGGCUUCAUGUGCGCGCUCGUCGUGCUCUGUAGGAGGCUCAAGAUAAAUCCUGGUCAGUCCAAGGUACGCAUCUCAUCGGGAUUUGCAUGUCCUCACCGUACUCGGAGCCCACAGAUAAUCUGGCGACCCCACUCGCUUCGGCUCUUGGGGACAUGGUCACACUUGUUCUCCUCGGUGGCCUCUCCUCUUUAUUCGCCUUGUUCAUGGGUGAGCUAGGCAGACGCACAGGACAACUCAGAUCUCAGCAUAGGUUGACGAAUGUCUCACUUCCUGCGCAGGCACGCUCGUCUCGACCGCGGUCUUUCUGCUGCUGCUGGUCGCGAUCGCGGUCAACGUGGUGCUGACAUUCCGAAACACCUACGUCCAAGAGUUGCUGACGGUCGGAUGGGCACCGCUCUUCAUCGCCAUGGCCAUCUCAUCGUGCGUUGCAUCCUUUAUUGCUGCAUCACCGCCUCUUUCUGACUCGACUCUUGUCUCUUCUGAACGUAGUGGCUCUGGUUUGGUGCUCGAAGCCUACGUCAAUCGAUUCGAAGGCUUCGCUCUGUUUGCCCCCGUUUUCACCGCGCUCUCUGGAUCCGCCGGCGCGAUCUUCGUCUCACGCAUCUCGACGGCGCUACAUUCGUCGCACCGGGAACCGUACGGUCUGGUCGCGUUCGCCUUAUUCGCUCUGACGACGCCGGUGAUGUGGAUCUUGUUACCGUUCGCUUGGAUCACGGGCGUCAAGAUGAGUUGGACUUUUAUUGGCGCGUUCUUGGUCGCGACCGUUGUACAGGUACGAGACACACACCUGAAUUCAUCGCGCGGCUCUCGAAGUGGAGAAAGCGCUGAUGCAACUGUAUUCAUGUGCGCAGAUGGUCGUCUCGCUCGCUUUGGCGUACUACACCGCGACAACGUUAUGGAAACUCGACUACGAUCCGGACGUGUACGCCUUGCCUCUCCUUUCUUCGUUCCUUGACGUGACGGGUCAACUCGCCCUUGUGGCGGCUUUUACGGUCGCUGGUGGGAUGGGAUCUAAAGUAGUAUCUGGGGAGGCGGUGGAAGGUGUUGUGGGCACGAUCGCGACGACAGAAGAGGUGACGACGAUUGCGGAGUGGGGGGAGAGGGUUUUCAGGAGGUGGUGGGUGGGAUGA